AUGUCUUCCGACGACGCUCACAGAGGAGGCUCCCUCUCCGAGAUGGCCGAACACGGCACCACCAUGCCCAACGACGCAGGCCUCCAAAACACCCUCCCCUCCGUGCCUCGCCCCGACCAGCUCAGCGAAAGCCGCCAGUACGAUAACUACGGUCUCGCGGAGCCCUCGCUGGCCUUUGCCGCCGAUAACGCCACCGAUCUGCCCCGGAGCACCAAGGAGAUGGGCGCAAGCGGCGAGGUCGUCACGGGGACUGGCGAUGCGUUCCCUGUUUCGGGGGAGUCGAAGAGGAUUAACCCUGGUGCGAUGGACCCCGGUGCGCGCGGAAAUGCGCGGACGAUCAAGCAUGCGAACCUCAAUCGGAGUCAGUUUGAUAGGUCGGCGAGGGAGGAUGGGAAUGCGCCUGAGUUUAUUGGAGAACAUGAGUUCCGGAAUCGGGAUGAGUGA